AUGGCACAAGAAGCCUACCGGACCAGAUGCAAGGCCGGCUGUAGGAGAGCGCCCCAGGCCAGCACCUCUGCGUCUCUGUCUAGCCGGUAACACUCGGCCUCUCUAGUUUCCCUUUGCUUUCAAACCUCUUCUUUCUGCGCUCUUUCCUUCCUUUAUGCGGAGCAUAAUUUUGAUAUAUACUUAAUUAGAUUUUUCGGAGAGAACAAGAAUAAAACUAUUCCAGUUGUCAAGAGCAGGUUUUGAACGAACAAGAUCUGGGGAAGAACAAAAUACAUUCACAAGGACUUCAUUCAAAAGUGCAAAGCUACGGAAAGUUCUUUUCAGAACAAUAGAAAACAAAUGCGUUGAUUACGCAACACUGUGCAAAAAUGUUCAAAGUUCACUCGAUUCUAUUAUAAGCAAAAGCAUUGCUGAAACGACCUUUUCAAAAGAAAAAAUUAUGAAUAAACAUGUAUAAAAAAUGAACAAGAUGGGAGGAAGACUCAUGAGUACCUUGAAUGAUUUUCUCUUUUAACUGAACAAAGAAAGAAAGCACAUUAUCAAAUACACAUAAAUGAGUUAGCAAUAGAAAAUUUGUAUGAAAGACGGUGCUGUUUCCUUUUUUUUCAUCAUAAAGCAAUGAAGAAAAAAGGCAGUUUUUCCUUUUAUUUUUAUGUCAUAAAAUUUGAAACCAUAAAAAGAAGGGAUCAAUGCUUCUUGAAAAAUUCAGAAAAAAAUGAUAAUAAACAGAAAGAAUUCAAACAAAUAUAAAAAAUUGCCGUUUCAAAAGUUUAAAAAACGAUUGUGAUUUUUAUGAUGUCAUGAAGGGCCAGUGCCGUCGAGUACGCUGUUUGCGUACGCGACGCAAAAAUUGACGACUGUUUUUUUUUAACUGUUCUGUUUUUUUUUGUCUUUUAUUUCUGCCAGAUAUAUCACCAAUAUCAUAGUAUAAGGUAUACAAUAUAAGUAUACGAUGGCGCAUGUAUGUUUAUCGUCUCACGUUGCAAAUGAACUCCGGAUCAAAAAUUCUCUGCAAGGCUUCUAUUUUAUUCCUUUUCUAAAUCAGCUUUAAUCGCUGAUCAUUAAAAAAAAAACUAGCUUCUCACCUCUUUCGUGAAGACUUUGCUUUUCUCGGGGUCUACAAAUUUAUUCUACUGGUUAAAAAUUUUAUUUCUAUUCCUUUCUUUUUUUAGUAGAGAAGUUAUUUUUUUUUUAUACGAUGGUUUAGAGCUCUCGAUUUUUUUAAAAAUUAGAAACCUAAGAAUAGGAAAAAUUUCGAAAUGCGGUAUUUCGGAAAGUUUAGCGUUAGACGCUGUUUGGUCGUUGUUGCGUGAUUGUAAUCACGGUCUUCCGCCGUCUCCCUCCCCCUCUUUUUGUUGCAAUUAGUCUACUCUCGUAUUUAAUAUACUUUUUCUCAUACGAUGGCUUGAAUUUUGUUCAUUUGAAACUAAUUUAUCAUAUUCCAUUUCCAAUAUCGAGAAAUUGAACAAUUUAGCUUUGAAGUUGUUUUUAUACAUAAAUUGGCUUCAUGUCUUUUCAAAAGUUUAUUUUUUUUUUUUUUUAGGAAAUUUUUUUAUUUGCCUUCUCAUCAUCUGUUUUUUCAUAUGAGAAGGAAUUGCUUUCGUAUACAGCGGCUACUCUGUGCCUGUCCGUUUCACCUUUCGAUAUCAUAUUUCUUGAGGUUUAAAAAAGCAACCCAGUGUCUCUUCGUUUAUUCAAUUUUCUCUUCUGUCGCUCUAUACUUAUUCGAGAGUUUGAAAAACUACUUCAUGUUUAAUUCUAAUUCUACAUCGAAAAUCUUUCCUGAACAUCAAGGAAGACGCGCAUUCCAAAUCGUUUUUCAACGUCCGUCGAUUCUGCAUGUAACGCUUUCUAUGUUAUAUCUGAACUGGAAAACGUAAAAUAAAUAUGAAAAAUGCUUAUUUCGGAGACGAAAGUUAACUUUAGCGGUCGCUGUCGUUAGGACGGCAUCGGGAUUGUACCGCAAGCCGGCCGAAAUCCGGAGGAGAAGCCAGGUUUUUCCGUUCUCGUCAUGCGUCAGCCGAGCGUCCGAUCACCAAUAUCAUAGCGAGAGGUUCACAAAAAACAUACUUCUUGGAAUUUCUGAUUUUUUAGAAAUGAAUAGUGGUAAUUUUAAUCAUUCGUCGCACUCGCUCGGCGGAUUUCGUGUGUUAACUUCGAAUUCAAUGAUUAGCGCAAAUGGUCAAAAAGAUUUGUUGUCACCUGGUGGGUUUUUCUGUGUUAAUCUACCUUCUAAUUUUGAUUUUAUUUUUUUUCAGGUAACGACGUUGUUGUAACUCGAACAGUUUCGCCGUCUUUUUAUACCCAUGGAAUGCCAGUUCCAGAUUCUGUUUUUCGCAAAGAUGACGUCGUACGGAUUGUCGCUCCUACGAGUGUUUGUCUCAUUAUUUUGUUUCUCCAGUUCAUUUUUCCAGUAUUUAUUCUUUUAGUGCAUUUCAAAAUGUUUUGAAUUUAAAGAAGUUGUAAGGGCGUAAGGGGAAAUUUCAAAGUGAGAGAAAAAUCGGUUCCUACAACGGUACAUUGUGAUACGGGACUUUUGCGCGCGAAUUCAAAAUUUUUGUCAAAAAACUCAAAUGAUUUCAAAAUUUGGAGUUCGCGCGUAAAAGUCACAUAUCUUCGUCCAACGGCCCUUAGAAAUCCCAAUUUUACCAAUUACGCGAAUUCAAACGAAUAACCUGUCAGUUUUGAAAUCGCCCAAUUUAUUUUGAGAACGUCAUCAAAAAAAAAAUUUCGUAGAAAAAGUGGGCACUUGGACCACGAUGACAAAAACCGGACGUUUCUGAGCAUUUCUAUGGAUGACUUAAGAGUUCUGACGCUACUAAAGUGGUCACUAGUGUCCGAGUUGCCAGAAGAUAAGGAAAUAAAAAUUUUCCCUUACAGGACCCAAGUUGGUUCCGAGCGAAGAAUUCGAAUCAUGAAGAAGGGUUAGUGCACGUGGAUUGCGUCCGCAGCAGGUAUUCGGGGAAGCGACUCGAGAGUCCAAGGGAUUGCUUUAGUGCUCCGUCUUCCUCCUUCGAUGGACUCGUGCGGAUGCGAGCGAACGCGACGCCGUCGAUCCUGGAUUCGCACGGAAUGUCGGCGACGGCGUCGCAUCACUCGAUCGGCGGCUCUUCGACGGCUUCCGUCUCUUCCAACACCUACACCAAUACCCCGCAGCCUUGGUUCCAUUCCAUGAUCAGCCGCGAAAAUGCUGAACGGUCUCUUCAUUUCCAAUCCGUUCUCUUCAACUAUUGAGCUGCAGGUUUCUUCUUGGUAAAUCGGAUGGAACGUUUUUGGUUCGCGAAUCGACCAAUUACCCCGGCGAUUAUACUCUAUCCAUGUCUUAUAGAGGAAAGGUCCGAAUUUUUUCACAAGUUUUCGACUAUAUUUCUUAAAAUGGUAUUCUUGUAACUGGAUGAUGAGUUCCAGGUGGAACACUAUCGGAUAUAUCAAAGUUCCGGCGGCCAGAUGACAUGUGACAAUGAAGAAUUUUUUUCGAAUCUAACACAACUAGUGUCGGUAAGUUGGCAUUUCUAUUUUGAGAGUUCUUUAUUUUCUUAUCACUGAAAAAAUCAUAUUUCAAAAUCCUCACUUCCCAAAAAAAGUCUUUGAAAUUCUCUGCAACUCUUGAAAUCAUCAUUUUUGAUUUUGAAAAAAUUUUAACCAGUUUCCCUCAUCACGACGCAUCUUUUUGAGCUAUUCCCUCUUACUAUAGCCGGGUUACGGUAGGUGGGUGACCGGCGUAGUUUAAAAUUUAUGUUUUUUCAUGGAAAAGCUGUAUAUCAAUCGAUAGGUUAUGCAAUUUAGGAAAAUUUUUCAGUACAUAUCAUAUUGGGUUACUGUAGAAAUUUUAGAAAUACGGUACUUUUUGUGUUUGCGAAGUUGGUUUUUUGGUCACCCUGAGCACCAAUGCCAUUAGCCGUUGAAGUUACUUUUUCUCAAAGAUAUGUCUUUCCAUUAGCUACCGUUUAAUAACGAUUAAUAUAAAAAAAUACAUAAAACUUGAACUUUUUUUGAUUUUUUUAAAAACUUUUUUUGCGGGCUACCCAAUGAAAACUGCCUAUUUCAGUACAUUAUCAAAAAUUUUUUUCUUUGCGCGCAAAAAGACUGGGGUGGGAUCCAGUUUUUUUAAUAUAGAAAAAUGCAAAAAUUAUUGAGUAACUGUAAGAUUUUUUAAAUCAGGUUCAAUGUGUUCAAUAUCGAAAUAAUCUCUCUUUUGCCAUCCUUGAACAUGAUUUUCUGCGAUAUUGAUUGCUUGGAUGAUGGAAAAACGCUAUUCAGCACUACAAACGAGACGCAGACGGCCUCUGCCAUCGGCUGGUGACGCCGAUAAUCUGCGAGUCGUACGCUUUUCCGACCAACGGCUCUUCCUCGGGCGUCACCGGCGUCGAGAGUCUCGAGGACAGGACCUCCGUCUUUCGGCAAGCCGGCCUCGUCAUUCCCUCGAGCGACGUCCGACUGGGCGACAUCAUCGGACACGGGGAAUUUGGAGGUUUCGCCCGUUUUCUAGCUCGUCGAAACAGUGGGUUCAGAUGUCCGACUGGGGGUCUUCAAGGACCGCAAAGUGGCCCUGAAAGUGUCCAAGAGACAUGGCAAUGGAAUGCUGGAUUCUUUGCUCGACGAGGCCAAAUUCAUGGUGUAGGUUUUGGAUAGUCCUCUUUUCACGUGGAUUGAAAGAGAAAAAAAAAAAAUAAAAAAAGAAUUAUUCGCUACAUUUUUGAGCUCUCUUCUUGUUCUGAUUCCAUCAUAAUAUGAAAAAGUUAAUUUUUUCGCUUCCCCAAAAAGUCGGAAAAUUUUGCGAUGAGUUUUUCCUGGAAAAGUAGAUCGCUUGGAUGAAGCGAAGUUUUCAUUAUUGAAAUCAGAACAAAAGUUUCGCUGAACUAGAAAUAAAUAUGUCAAGUUGAAGCCUUUAAUAAUUUCCAAGGAUUUUCCCUCAUUUCAUCACAAAUUAUCCAAAUUUUCGAAAGUUUCAUUUUCCGUCUUCCGCUUGGAUUUUUUCUAUUCUUGAGUCGCUAGGCAGUUCGAUUGGCUUCCCUCUUGAAAAAGAUCAUUUUUUUUGUGGUUGGGAUCUUUCUAGAAAUUGGCCAGAUUAUUCCUCGAUGUACAAGAUAGAGAUACAGAAAGUCUCAACCUUCGCAACUUUCUCAUUUUCGAAAGGUCUUGAAGAAACCGUCGAAAUUCCGUUUAAACGGGCUGUUUUCGAACUUACCGAAAGCUAGAACGUUAUGCAGGUAAAGACUUUCAGAAACUUUAUCUGGUACGCCAAGGAAGGUUCUGGUCAAUUUUCAGGAAAUUCCCAACCGCAAAGUAAAAUGACCUCCCUUGUCAGGCUUCAGUGUCCACAGAAAACCGUUUCAGCGGCCUCGCUCAUCGCAACCUCGUCACUCUGGUCGGCGUUGUCUUGGACGACGUCAACAUCUACAUGAUCACCGAGUACAUGGCCAACGGGAACCUCGUCGAUCUGCUCAGGUCCCGCGGACGCCAUCAGCUUGACAAACGACAGCUCAUGCAGUUCGCCAUGUGAGAUAUUUCAUCGGCGAUGAGCAGUUUUUUGAACCGACUUAUUGACUCCCCUUAGAAGUUGAGAAAUGUUUUUUUCAGCCUACUUUCGACUGAAGAACAAAUAUUUUUCUGUAAUACGGAUAGAUUUUUGUUUUUUCAUUGAUAAAAAAGCUUGAAAAUGACCCUGGCUUUUGUAUAGCUGAUUCACGGCUGGCCAGAGCCAUAGAAAAGGGUCCUGACACGAUAAUAAAAGAGAUAGUGUCUGGUUGGUGGAGAGCACAGACAAGCCACGCCCCCUUAGCUUCCCAAGCUACCCGUGAAUCGACUAUACCUAUGCGAAAAUUAUUCAAUUUUCGGGAAAAGUCGAUCGAUUCUGUAUUGUUCUAUUAACUGUAAGCGCUUCUGAAGCUGUAGACAGAAGAAAAAUUUUGCAAAUUUAAUUCCUCCUUAUUUUUACGCUGCUGGAAACUUAAUGCAUAUUUCAUGCAGAGUUUUAAUAUUUCAAAAGGUUUUUUGAACCAAUUUUCGAAAAUUUUGAAUGGUAUUAUUAUUGAACGAAAAGAAAAAGACGAGAAAACUAACAGGUUUUUUUGGCCCUUGGUUGAACUUUUGAUGAAACUUCGCUGGAGUGUACUUUCGGUCCUCCUGAUCACAGAAAAAGACAAAAAUGUUCUCACAAUAGAUCUCGUUUCCGAGUUAGGAUACUUCAAAAGCUCGAAAUAACCCUUUUUGUCGUAAUUUGUGUAUUUUGCGGGCUUGAAACCUAAAAAACGUCUCCUAUUGAUCCUUUAAAAAGAAAAUAAAGUAUGGAUUCUGGUUUACAUAUUUUUUGUAGCGACAUUUGCGAAGGAAUGUGCUACCUCGAGUCGCGGCAGAUCGUCCAUCGGGAUCUCGCCGCGCGGAACGUGCUGCUCGACGAGAAUUUCGUCGCCAAGAUCAGCGACUUCGGCUUGGCCAAAAAGGCGACGUCGACCUCACACGACUCUGCGAGUGGAAAGUUCCCCAUCAAGUGGACCGCUCCAGAAGCUCUCCGCAACAGCGUUAGAUUUCUCUCUUGCUUUCCAAUACUUUUAUCGUUUUUGUAGUUGUUCACGACGAAGAGCGAUGUCUGGUCGUUCGGAAUCUUGCUGUGGGAGAUUUUCUCUUUCGGUCGCAUCCCAUAUCCUCGCAUCGUAAGUUUCUGCGUUAACAAAAAUUUUCAAUUUGUGUCAAGGAAGCCUGAUAUUAUCAUCAUUUUUGUUGAUUUGUCGCUUUUAAACACUAUUGAUGUGGUUUUCAAUGUGGACUCUGUUUCUCAAAUGUGUUUUUAACAUCUUAUGUCCUGUGAAUUUUGUUUUUCAGGGAACGGACGGCCGUUCGGUAUGUUGUUUGAAGUGUGAAAUGUGUCUUUUUGAACGUCCUGGCUUCUUUUUCCUUUUUGUCCUGAUCUUUUUCUUUGCGAACCCGAGUUCUCCAUUGGAGCUUCCACUUUCUGCAUGCAUGCGCAGAACUCUGACGUCCUCGUAUACAUAUAAACAAGAUAUCUUGAAACUUUCAGAGUAGUUUCUCCAAAAAGGAAAGAGAGAACUUUUGAGGAAUCUAAAAACUAUAGUCCAUUCACGGUUAGCUUGAGGCGACCUGUCUGCGCUUCCAAUAAUCAAGCACUCUCUCUAUUUUCAUCGUGUCAGGACCCUUUUUUUGAUGGCUCAAGCCAGCCGUAAAUCAGUUAUAUAUGGAACUUGAGCUAUGGAAAUCUCAUUCUGUCAAAAUUCACAAGUUCGAACUAUCGUGGUUUCAAUGACCAGAAAAAUGGCGUUAAGAUAAAAUUGAUAAUUUUCUAUUCUGCAUAAUUUAGUAUCUUAUCAAAAGCUCUCGGUUUAUGGGGCUUUCUAGUAUAUUUUUUCUUCCCAUGUAUGUUUUCCUUCUUCGUUUGGCCUCCCUUGCUCUAACCUGAAUUUGCUUUUCAAAAUCACUGGCUUAUUAAUCACUGUUGGCCUAACUACCAUGGGUGUUGGUGUGUUUGAAUCAUCAAAAGUGCGGAUUUCAGCCGAUUCAAGACGUUGUUCGUCACAUAGAACGCGGCUACCGAAUGGAGGCGCCUGAGGGAUGCCCGCCUGAAGUCGUCCGGGUCAUGAACGACGCUUGGGCUCUUGCGCCCAACGAUCGACCUCCUUUUGGACAGGUUUAAAAAAAAUCAGUGACGAAUAAAAAAAACGAGUGAACAAAAGAAAUAAGAUAAAUGAGCUUUGGGUAUAUCGUCCCGAAUUUCUUUGAAAAGCAAGGAUUUGUGGAGAAAAUUCAUUCUCCACAUAAACAUUGAUUAAUGGAGGAUAUCUCUCGAAAAAAAAUUUCUGGUGUUACAAUGAAAGUAUUGAAACGAGGGAAGUUGAAAAAUUGUAACGAUAUUUUGGUUUUUUUAAUUGGCAAUUUGAGAAAUUUAUCAAUAAUUUUUAACAAGUUCAUUGUUUUCAGAUGCUUCAACGACUCAUGGGAAUUGUCCGGCGCCUUUCUGCUUAGUUCAUUGAAAAAAAUAAAUAGAUUUUUCAUCACUCUAUUUCAAAGAAAACGUUUUCUAGUCCUGCAUAUUCCAAAAAUUUCAUGAAUUAUAACCGAUUAUGUUUCUUUUUUUCCUUUUGUUCUAGUUCUUGACCAUGUAAUAAGUGUGUUUUAACUUUGCGUUUUAGAGAAUUUAUAAUGAUUUGCUCUUUCAGUAAUAUUGGUAAGUUUUCAAUAGCUUUGCUCAAUUAUGGCCUACUUGUAAAAUGAAUUCUCAAUUUUGUUUUUGUUCUUUGUACGGUUGUUGAUUACUUUCUUAUCCGACUCUGGUUUUUCUUCCUUUCUCGAUAUAAUUGUCACUUCCGAUCCCCAUCGUCUUUUUUAUAUCAAUAAUUCAUCGUUCGAAUCGAAAAUCAAACAUAAUCACGAGUAAUACCGUACACGUUCUCUCAAUUUAUUGCGCGCAUAAUCGAACAAUAAUAAACUCCUUUCAGUCCCAAAAUGUGUGUAUUUUCUUCCGCUGUGUCUUGUUCACUUUAUUCUGAAAUCGAAGGAUGUUCCAAGGAGGAGAGCAAAAAUCAAUAAGUUUCAGAAAUGCCGACGAUCAAUGGCUGAUUUCAAAAGUUUUGUCGAUUACGAUGGAUCUCCGGUAUUUGUUCCUUUCUUUUUAGGAAUUGCAAAAAAAAACCUAGAGAAUGAAAUAGAUAAAACUGUUUAUGAGAAUCUAGGGAUUUUUAAAUGAGUGUAGAAGCCAGAAAUAUUUUUUUCUUUGCAUUGGUAAUUUUCGAAAUGAGAAUUUUUAAGCCUUGUAGAUUUUUUCAAUGUUCAGCCGACGGUGGCUGCAGUUGCGGCCCGCGCUUCUCCUCUCCCAGAAGAAAAAGAGGAAAUUUCUCUGUUUGAAGGUACGUACCAAUAUAAAAAUAUUGAAAUUGUCAUAUAUUUCGAAAUUCUUGGUGAUUAUAAUAAAUUAUUAGCUAACUUAGGACAAUGUUUUCAAUUUCAAUUUCAAUUUCAAUUUGUUUAUUUUUCGCAACAUCGGGAUGGUAUGGUGAUGUUGCAGGGAGGGAAAAAGACCACUAGGUGGAUUAACUAACCCCACCUGUGAAGAAAAAGUUUUGUGUAAGAAAAAGAAACAUAGAACCAUAAUAAGUAGAUAUUUAAAAACCAAGUUGAUCAUGGCACAAAUCUGUGAACACUUGAAAGAAUAUGCUCGACGCCAACAUCUUCUGCAUACACUAAAAACAUGUCCUUAAAUUUUUUCUUGUCUUCCUCUGCCAAUAAUUCAUGUUCAAUGUCAUUCCAAACAUUAGUAAUGCGAUCUGAUAAGAAAUUGAAGAAAACCAGUGAAGGUUUCGUUUUUAUUAAUUUAAAACCAUUUCCUCUGAGCUGACUGGGACGGUCAAAGAUGUUAUGUACCUGGAUGGGAGAGUCUGACCAGCACUUAUUAUGCAAAAACUGAUGUGAUAAUACCAGAUCCUUAACUAAACGCCUAAACCAAAGAGGUUGAAGACCUAAUAGUUUUAACCGUUCAUUAUAUUCCAUUCUUGGGGAAAGGCGCUUCGUGGGGAAAGGCGCUUCGAAACAUAGAGAUUUUGGCUGCAUAGAUUUUGGCUGCAUAGAUGUUAAAAAAUUUUUAUCUUAAUAAUGAGAAAUAUUUGCAAACUUUUGAUAUGUCAGAUGGUUAUUGAAAAUUUAAAUUUUUUCGCUGCUGAUAAAUGAACUGACAAGUUUUAGCAAAUGAUUCACUCAGGAAGAACUUUCACGAGUUAACAAAAUCGUAGUUUUUUUCUCGUUUUGAUUCAAUUUUAGUUUCACACUGAAUUAGUCACUAUAGCUCAUUCCGCACCAGCUUUUCACGUUUUACUUUCCGCCAAAAAGACCGUAUAUACUAAAUUAGAUCAAAAUUAAGCAUUUUCGCUUCAAAAUAUUUGUUCUUUGCUGUCUUUUUAGCAGUUUUGUAGAGCAAAAAGUUGUAUUUUCGGUCGUAGUUAAAGUUCGAGAACUAAUGAGAACAAUAAACCAGGCGGAGGGGAGAGAUCCCGACGACUUUGGAAUAUUUCAGAAGAAAAAUGAAGUUUAAAGGUUGAAAAUUCACCAGAACGCCCCUUGAUGUACCAGUAGAAUGUUCUAAAAGUCUCAUCCUGCACAACUUCCUCGUUUUUAGGAAAGUACGCCUCAGAGUCAAAGAAACCCCUCAAAGACCAUUAAAAAAAAGGCUAUUUUGAGAAAUUUGGCCCCUAUUUCUCGAAAACUUGAGAGUUUUGCAGGUUGAGACUUUCAGAAACUUUUUCUGGUACGUCAAGGAGUGUUCUGGCUAAAUUUCAAGGGAUUCCCAAUCGCAAUGUAAAAUGACCUCCCUUGUAAUGGGGAAGGACAAAAAUGUUAAACUGCGCAAUCUUUUAAAAAAAAAAGGAUUCAGAUGAAAUCGAAGGGACGGCCGUUGACAACGUCUCCUUCUACUUUCAGUUUGAACCGAGGCAAAAAGGUCGGGUCGUGUGCACAAAAGUCCGCCUGCGAUUCACGCCAAUAGUUCCGAUACAAGUGAUUUUCCGUUUUUCUCCAGCUGCAACUUUCUUGAUUCAGCGCGAAAUUCCUCGACGCAGUAGAAUGAUCGACGACUUUUACGACGUCCCUAUUUGCUCUGUUGCUACCAUCUACGUCGCCCUUGUCAAGAGUAAUAAUGAUUCAAAUUUAUUAUCGUAUUUUGAAUGGUCGUUUAAUUGAGUCAACAUAGGCAAAGGGUGGAAAAAUUCUCCUUUUUUGCGCCAUUUCACGGGCUCCUAUGCACCCUUUUUCCACCAUUUCUUGAGCCCUUGAAAAAGGCAAAAAGCACAAGCCUGUUGAUAAUCAAAGAGGAUUCAUAAAAAGAAAUGUUUAGACGUUUCUCGUGGGAAACGGAAACUGGAACGGAUGAGCGACACUCUGUCGGGAGUCGACGUCGUAUCGCUGAUCAGAAUCGUCCUCAAGGACUUCCGGACGGUGACCGUCGACUUCGAAAUGUCUCAGAACGGCACGUUGCUCGCCAACCAGAUCCUUUUCUUCACCCGACCGGGCUCCUUGGAGAUGUAUCCGCAGUUGGGCGCUGGUCUACUCGAAAAAGGAUCUCAGCUCAAGUGUACGUUUUUUCGGCGUUCCCCCCAGGGGCCACUUUACCAAACUCUAUAGGGGUCUCCAAAGCUUGCAAAAGUGGCCUCUGUAGGGGACAAUCAAUACUUUUCACGAACUCGAUGCGAAAAACUGAAUAAAAAAGCGUUUUUUGAGAAAAAUUGAAAGAACCCUAGAGGGUCCACUUAAGCUUUAGAAUCUAAGAGGUCAGAUUCUGAACCCCUAUAGGAACCACUUUAGCUCCCCCCUAUAGGGAAUGUUUUUUUCACCCCUGUAGGGAUCACUUAAAAAAAUUUUUUUUCACCAGAAACGUGGUCGGCAAAAAUGACCCCAUUAUAGACGAUCAAAAGAGUUCUGCAGUUUCAAUGUUUUUUCAAAAGCGAGUUUUUAUUUUUUGAAAGAUUUUGCGGAUACAAUUGAAUUUAUUCAUAAAUGCGCUGAAGCUAUCAAAAAAUGAUGAAAAAUGAGAAAAAAUCACGUCUUUGGCCUCGACUUCUGUUAAUUUUCAUCAAUUCUGUUACAGUGCCGUUCAACUCUCUGGAAAGCUGGAAACAAGAACUCCGACGAUGCGGCCAGUCCGUCGAAACCGGGGCACCCUGGCGAGUGUGUUCUCUUCUGCGAGAAGGUCUACCGCAGAUCACUCAAGGGUUUUUUUUCGUCUCAACUAGAAAGGACUAGGAUUCCCACUUUAGGUAUCCGACGCACGUCGUCGUCCCAGAGUUCCUCGCGCGUCCCGACAUCGACAAACUGAUUCGAAAUUGGAAGCUCGGCCGUUUCCCAGUGAAGAGUUCUGUCAGAAAAAAGUAAUCAAGGUCUUUUUUGAGGUCUGGGUGUGGUCCAAGGCCUCAACCGGCAACGCCAGUCUUCUCAUUUCUGCCGAACACGAGAACAACCUCAGCACAGCCGAUUUGGUUUUCAAGUAACCAUAUGCCUCUUUUUAUUCAGGGAAAUUCAUUUAAUAAUGUCUUCGAAGCGUUUUAUCCUUUCCAAUAACUUUACCACUCUUAAAAUGUUUUCUAAUUGAAAUUCCCACUUCAAGAAAGCGAGCUAGGCGUUUUUGAAGACAGCAGUCUUUAGAAAAGUUUUUUGUGACUUUGAGUAGGGUCCGCAAGCCAUUUCUUCAAAACGAUCCAAAAAAUAUGUUUUUUACUUUGUUCGAUAGAGGAGACUGUCCAUUUUCAUAAUCCGUUCAGUUUUAGAAAAAAGCUCCACUAAGAAAAAAGUUAUGGCCAAAAAACUAGCGCGCGCGGCGUUCAACUGAAGGCAAAAUCUCACGGUUUACCCGCUGCCGCACGCUUUCUUUUUAAAUGUUUUUGCGCGUUUCUGAACCGUUUUCGAAUCGGUUUUCUGUUCUGAGAGGUUGUCAGAACUGAGCUUCAUGUUUUGGUAUGAAUCUUUUUGUACAAUCCUCAUAAGAAUUUUUGAUAAAAAUAUCAAAAAAACUACUUAGAAAAAAAGGUCAGAAGGAAUUUUUCAGCUUAUUUUUUUCUUUUUUUCUAAUCAGAAAAAAAUUAUUAUCAUUUGGUUUGGAAAAAAAGAAAAAAAUGAAAAAAAUAAUGUUAUUUCGAAAUAAAAACAGGAAAAAUGUGCAAUUUGACUCCAAAAAACGGCUCCUGCGACAUUUAAAAGUGCGCAUCGGUGUGUUUGACGCAAACACAGCUACGAACGAUUGCACGAAAUCUUCCAAAAUUUCAAAAAAAAUUGCCAUUUUUUCGAGGUUUUCAAAGCCGUUAUUUUUUUCGCGUCGUUUGAUUUUUUUCAUAAUUUUUUCAUUGAUAGAGUUUUGAACGCUUAAUAACCUGAUCAAAAGUAUAGACGCGAUCCUAUUCUCUCAUGCGUCAACGAGGCAGGCGAAAAAAGGAGGUUUUGCUAAAAUUCAAAUAUAAUUCGAUUCGCUGUCCCAAUAAUUAUUUUUCAUUCUGAAUUUUUUUAUUUUUUUGAACACAUUGUGAGUUUUUAAAUCAAAUAAAAAAGUAUACCAUGUCGCUGAAAAUUUUUUUCGCAUUUCAGCUUCAAAGUUUGGUGUCACUUUACAAGCUUCGAUUUUUCGCGUCGUUAGAUUUUUUUAAAUUUUUUUAUUCAAAAAAAUAAAGAAAGUGUUAAUGUAUAACAUACUCAAAAUUCGGAAGCGUUCCUCACUUGGUUUUCAGAAACGCGACGAUUUUGUGAAACUUGUCAGUUUUUUUCGUGUUAAAUCUUACUUUUUCGCUGAUUGUUGAAAAAAAUACAUAGUGUAAAAAAAUUUUUUUCAGUCUUGUAGAGCGUUGUCGAUUACAUAGAUUAACAGAAACAGUUUAUUUUUAAACUUGAACUUUAGCUAGUAUAAACGCCUCAAAACCGUUUUUGCAACAAAAAAAUCGUCAUUUUGGUGGCGUGAAGGGGCGGGGCUUUGCGCCCCCUAACUUUGAGAAAGGUUGCUUGAAAACUCCAGAAUGGUCUCUAUAGGGGCAACCUUAGGUAUCCUUGGAAGGACCCCUCUAGGAGUUACGUUACCAACCCCUAUAGGGGCCACUAAAGCUUGCAGAAGUGGUCCCUAUAGGGGACAUGCUAAUCGAUGAUUGUUAUGUACUCUAUGCGAAGAAGCGUUUCCAUGCGAAAAUUAAAAAAAAAACCAUCGUUUUUUUAAUGAAGUUGAAAGUCCCCUAUAGGGACCACUUGAUCUUUAGGGGGCUUAAAAGUCGGACCCUAAACCCCUAUAGGGAUCGCCUUCAUUUUACCUCUAUUGACCGCUUUUUUGGCCUCCAAUCCUUAUAGGGAUCACUCUGGAAUUCCUAAGUGUGUCUUCAAACUGCAAUUUUUUGAAUUUUCUUCGAAGUUUUGUAAGUUUUUCAUUAUCAGAAAUAGUUUUGUAAUCAGAAUUUCCCGUCGCACAAUGAUUCAGUUAUAACUUUGCCCAUUCAGAGUUUCGGAGAGCGUCUCACGAUGUCACAAAAAAGACGACAGACCAUUUAUUCUGCAUCUGGAUGAGAACUUCCUUCCUCGCGUCGGCAAGGCGUACGACUACCUCUUGAGACUUUGCUCGUUUGGUUUGUCGCGAUCCUCUCCGUCGUUGAACGGUGUCCCCAGAUUCGACGGAAUCCUUCAAGUCCAGCGAGUCGAGUUGGCUCUCUUCCCUUCACAAAACGGGAUGGCUGCACCUGAUCCGCGACUGUUUUUCGGCGGCCAACGAGGCCAUCGGCCACAUCGUCGACCGCGACCGCAGCGUCAUCUUGUGUGGUGCGACGGGCUCUCCUUUCUGCUAUGAUCCAGUUGUUUCAGAGUCGGAAGGCCGUGAUAUGUCGAUUCUCGUCGCCAGUUUGGUACAGAUCUGCUGCGAUCGUUACUACCGUACUAUAAGAGGUUUGAUCAGAAUAUAGGCAAAGUCGGAAGGAGCCUCCGAGAGUCCACAAAGGUCCACAGAAAUUUUUCUUUAUGGUGAUGAAGGCUCCCUUUUCGCUACCUUGUUGCGCCAUUUCACCGGCUCUUAUGCACCAUUUUUUCUCGCCCUUUUCACCAUUUCUUGAGCCUUUGAAGUCCCAUAGAAAAAAAAAAUAAAGGAACGAUAAUAGGGCUUUUUUUGGGUGCCGUCCUUUUUUUUUUUUGACCCUCUCCCUUUUAGCGGCCAUUAUUCAGCAUUCCCACCCCGCCCGAAUCUCUGAAACUGAAUUUAUCGGAGAAAAAUCUGUAGAACUUCAGGAAUGCGAAGUUUGGUGGAAAAGAUGUGGAUCGCUUUCGGACACCCGUUCGGAACCCGACUCCUCGGCCGUUCAGAUUCGAAUGCGUCGGCUGAACCGAAGAACCAGAUAUCGGAGAGCAGCUUCCACCCGACCUGGCUCAUUUUCCUCGACUCGGUCGCCCAACUUCUGAAACUGUACCCAGUGCAGUGGGUCCGCUCUGAGAUAGACAGUUGCAGUACAAUGCCAACUUGUAGAUUCGAGUAUUCGGCGCAGCUUCUGAUGUCGUUGUGGGACGUCUCGUUGACGGGAAUGGCCCCGGCGUUGGUCUGCAACGACCUCCAGGAGCAACUCGCAGACCACGUCGGCGGCGGUCCGUUCCCCCUCGAGACGUACUUCCUGCGCAGCUACACGGCUCAGUUCCUCAACCCACUCCAUGACGUCAUCCCUUUCCUCGACUCUAUCGCACAGAGUAGCGUCUAUCUCAGUUUUGAAAGCUUCAUUUCGGAAUCAUCAGAAAAGUCGAUGUCAUUGCGGCCGCUUCUUAUCGAGGUUCUACGACCGCCCACGACGCUUUGCGACAUUCGGUUAUGGAACGAGUGCUACCUCAGAUGGGUGCCCAGCGCUAACAUGACGGUAAGACUUGGGGAGGGCUCGAAAAAUCGGGUUUUCUGUUUAUUCUCACUUUUUUUAAUGGUUGAUAUGGUGAAUAUCAAUUUCUCCCUUUUUUUCAAAGGCAAAUAAAAGAGUGGAAUAUUUUUCUCCUUUGUAUUAUAUACUUUCUUUUAGAAGCUUCAAAUGAUUUUUGCGAAAUUAAAAAAAAAUUUUCUUCUCGAGUUGAAACAGUCUGACUUGCCUGCGCCCUCUUUCCCUCACCAGUGAGUUCAUAAAAACAUUAAAGUAGCAUCCGCGAGGGAGGAGAGAGGUCAAGGAACCAGGAUUUCUCACUUUUUAUGGAUUGUUUUUUGAAAUUAUUUUUAUUUUUCCAAUACAAUGUUGAAACUUUCCAGUGAGAUCUUUCUUCCAAGCUACAGAGUUUAGACUCGUUUUUAGAAAAUUUUCUCUUUGCGAGUGACAUUUAUAUUUACGCUGCGUAACUGUUCUUGCGCAUGGUUUUUGAUCAGUCACGGUUAAUAUCUCGCAUGCUGAGCAGGUGUCUCAACGGGUGUACCCGUAUUAAACCCGUGUUUCUGAGGGUAUUUUAGUCUCAGUUGUGCUAAAACGGGGGAACAACGGGUGUAAGAAAAAUAUGUAACCCAGCUGGGCUAAACCGGGGUCUCAAUUGGGCUGAAAAUUGCCAAAAGUUCUACCAACUGUGCUUAUACAUGUUUAAUACGGGGGUACCCGCUGAGACCCCGUUUUAGCACGGCUGGGUUACCCUGCUCAGCAUUCGAGUAUCCAGAAAAUUUUCUCUCAUUUCGAAAAUGAUUUUUGAAUUUGAAGAACACUGGCCGGAGAGAUGAAUGUUUCGCAGUUGACGAAGUAGUCGAGAAUUUCGCUCGGAAAAUGAAAAUCAAGACGCCGAAGCGGCAGACGCCUUCACCGACAGAAGUAGGAUAGGAACAUAGGCAAAGUCGGAAAGGGUGGAAAAAUGCUUCAUAGAAAUGUUCCUUUCAGGGGUCAAAGGCUCCUUUUUUGCAGCCUUUUAGCGCCAUUUCAUCGGCUAUUAUAUAACAUUUUCACAGCCUUUCCUUUUUUCCACCAUUUCCUUUAAAAGUCCAAAAAAAAAAAAAGGAAGAGACCCUUUUUGCUUCCUUUCUGCAGCCUUUUGUGAGCCUCUCCCUUUCAGCGACCAUUAUCCACCAUUCCGACUUUGCCCGAGAAUGAUCAAAUCUGGAAACUUUCGUCUUUUCAGUACAGCUCGGCGUAUCCCUAUUCUGAGCCCGUACAGCGCGUCGAAGACUUUUCCUCUUCGGACUUUGAGAUGGUCGAGCAUCCGCGCGUCUACGAGGAGUUUGACCGUAGUUCUGUUGCGUCCAUAAGCUCUUUCGCAUUUCCGUCGUUCGGGGACGCCUCUUCGAGCAAAGUUUCCCCAAUUUGAUCCACUGGAUUUCAAAAAAGAAAGCGUUACAGGACGCGACUUACAAGCUCGAAUACAUGCGAGAAGAUUCGGCGACUAGUUUAACUGGGGAUUCCAGAAAAGAUUCUUCGGUGGAAGUGAAGCCCCGGCUGCAGCUCGCAAGUUUCUCAAAUCGCGAAUCGACGAUCGGAGACAUCGUUAUUGCUCAAAGUGGAGCCAACAAAGUUACAGGGGAAAAUAAGGUUACUGGUCAUUGAAAUUGACGUGUGAAUAUAAGAAAGACAUGUAGACGAUGCCUAGAGAUAAUAUUUAAUGUUGUACUGGCAUUUUUUGGCUUGAAUCCUCAGAACGAUGAAAACCAUGAACAAAAGUUACGUAGGCAAAGUCGGAAAGGGUGGAAAAAGGCUCCAUAUAAAUGUUCCCUUUUUACGACAUUUCAUCGUCUCUUGUGCACUAUUUUUGCUUCCUCUACCUUUUUUCACCAUCCCAGAAAAAUAAAAUACUUGAUGAAGGGACUCUUUUUUUGCUGCCUUUCUGCGGCCUUUUUCGUGCCUCUACCUUUUAGCGACCAUUAUCCACCUUUCCGACUUUGCCCGAGUAGUGUACUGUACUUUCAAAGCUUCUCCGAUUCAUGAAUUUACUGUUCUCUUACUUGAAGGUGUCUGUUGCAGACCGCCGUCCCGACGCCGCGCAAGGAAAAGCCAGUCCCUCCGCCAAGACCUCCGGGCCUAACGCUAAAUAGUACGAAAUCCCAGAAUCCUUCUUUCCAAGUGACACGCUUCUGAUGAUUUUCAAAUUACAAAUAACUUCUUGUCAAAAGAUUUCAUGUUCUUUUUGAAAAUAUGAUUUAUCGCAUGAAUAGAGCUCAUCAUGUUCUCUGCAUUUUGGAAUCUCGUUCUUGAACAUUUCGCAGACUUCCUCUCGAUUCUGUAUAUUCCUUGUAGUUAGCAUUUUAAGCACUGGUUCUAUUUUGUGAUCCCGCUUGGACAUAAUUGCCUUCUCUCGCUCUUUUAGAGAAAUUACCAUAAUCAAUAAUAUUGUCAUAUAUUUUUGUAUACAACUUCAACUGUGAUCUUUUAUAAAAGUUUCAGCAUUUUUUUCCUUUUUUUUCGAACUAAACCAUCCCUUUUUCAAAUGGGCCCUCGUGGUUUUUUUUGGAUUAGUUUUAUUUUUUCUGAAAAGUCAAUUUCAUUUUGAGAUGGAGUCGGAAGUUAUCAGUGAUCCCGAAAAGAAAGAAUCUUCUUCGAUGAGCGAAGCAGAAGCUCGAGUCCGCCAGUACGUCGGGAAAUGGGUACAGGUGACGUACUUUGAAUGUUAUUGAGAAGGAUUCAAUCGAUAGUUUUAGUCUUUGAAACAGCUUACUUUCAAUUUUCAGGUUAUUUUGAGCGAUGGACGUAUGAUAAAUGGUAGAAUCAUCUGCACGGAUAAGCAUCCAAACAUAAUUUUGUCGAAGUAAGUCAUCAAACAAAUCCAAAGUUUUUCCUGGCUUACUCGUCUUAGGAGCUUCAGAGUGGUUCCUAUAGGGACAACCUUGAAGGCCUUUCUAGGGACCACUGAAGCUUGCUAAAGUGGUUCCUAUAAGGGAAACGCUAGUCGAUAAAUGUUAUGAGUCUACUUGAGCUUCAGGGGUCAGACCCAAAACCCCUAUAGGGACUACCUUGAUUUUACCCCUUUAGGGACCACUUUUCUGGCCCCUAUAGAGUCCUGUAGAGACCCCCCGAACUCCUAAAGGGGCCACUUGAGGAUUCCUUAGUAUGUCUUCAAACUUGAAUUUUUUGAAUUUCGAAAUUGUCCUUCAAACCCCUAUGGGGACCACCUUGAUUUUAACCCUAUAGGGACCACUUUUUCGGCCCUUAUAGAGGUUGUUUUCAAGCCUCAUUUUUUUUUAGACUGCCUAGUUAUUUCCAUUUACGAAAAAAAGAAUAGUGGGAAAGAAAGCCAAAUCAUAGGGUUUUUGAAAAUUCCUGAUAUGUAGAAAAAUAACAACAAUCAAUUAUGAUGAACCAGAGCUGAAGAGCGUUGGGAAGAGGGCGACGAGCCGCGGUACAUCGGACAAGCGAUGGUGGCCCGCAAGCACAUCACCAAGAUGUACUUCCUCAAACGCAACGAGUCCUGUGUCUGA